AUGGCUUCUGAAGUUGACAGGCCCAUGAUCAAAAGUACUGGCAUCAAUCUUCACCUUUCCAAAAACCACAUCCAGUUUUUCUGCCACAAGAUCACACUCAUCCUUAAUGCUGGUCUCAAAUCAACUCAACUAUCAACCAGCGGAUUGGUUCUAUCUCAAGACAAAAAUCUUGGCUUUGUCCCUAGACUUGCCCCAAUCAUUGAAGAGUCUGAAGACAUCAAAGGGGUUCCUCAGUUUACUGUCAAGGAUGGUAUCUUAGGAGCCAACUACAAUUAUCAAGUGGAACACAAGGUCAAUGACAAGGAUUUAAUAGAUGGAAGGUAUAGUGCAGACCCAGAAUCCUGGUAA